AUGGAUGGCAUGGAGGAAAACAUUUUCGAACACAACUCGACCUUGGUUGAGUCUGAAUCGAAUACGACUACGAUUACGACCACUGUAUCCUCCUCAUCUCUGUCGCCAGCACAAGAAUCAGUCAUUGCCCUUUUGCCAAUUCUGCCAUCUCUGCUCAGCAUAGCUGGAUCCUUAUGCAUUAUUCGGCUGGUACAUCGCAAGAAGUAUCGUGCACCCUAUAGGAGAUUACUCUUUGGAAUGAGCGUAUACGAUGUAUUUUCUUCUCUUUUUGUGCCACUUCAGUCCUUUCUUGUGGACAAAGAGACCAGUCGGCGGCGUUUCGCCGUGGGAAACGAAGCGACCUGCAACUUUUUGGGUUGGGGAUUUCAAGCCACCUGCGGAUGCUUCCUAUACUUUGGUGCCUUGAGCACUUAUUACUUGAUGGUGGUUCGAUUUGGUGUCAAGGAUGAAUAUUUUGCUCGAAGAAUCGAACCAUUCAUACAUGGGUUCAUAAUAUUGUUUUCAAUCAUCACCGCCUUUGUCGCCUUGGGGAAAAACUUGUAUGGGGAACAAGAAAUCGGUGCUGGCUGCUACUUGACACCCAACGAAUCGUGUGAUGCCGCAUGCAUAGCCAAUCUGGCACUCAUCCUUACUGGAAUCCCCUACGUCUUCACACUGUUCUUGGUGCUAGGCAACAAUCUCACCAUCUAUUGUCAUGUCCGACGGACUGUGCGGCAGUACGUGAAAAACAGUCAAGACCGAGCCGAGAAGAAUCUAUCCUCAGUUCUUGUGUCGGACCGUAUCGUUGCAAGCAAUAGGGACGGCUCUGUGGACUUGGACAAGUCUAUAGAGGAGACUGCCGCUGUUUCGUUCAAAGUGACCAAGCGAAUUGCCCAGGUGGACAACCAACAAAAGCGAGUCCAGUUGGUUCGUACCCAAUCGUUACUUUAUUGUGCUGCUUUCAUCUUAGCAUACAUGUGGACUCUGAUUCUGCGAGCCGCUAUCAGCUACACAGAAGGCGAGCCUGGACCAAAAAUGGAAGCGGAUUUGUAUCUGUUCAUGGUGCUACGAGCCAUCUUUGCUCCUGCCAUGGGAUUUUCAAGUUUUCUCAUCUAUAUCAGACCUCGGUAUUUGCAACUGCGAGAACGAACGGCAGAGUCUAGACUUGAGAUUCUCGUUCGAGUCAUCCAAGACGAUGAUAUUAGAUCAAUUAGAUCCUCGCUGAAUAACAGAGGAAGUUCGUAUCAUUCCAACAAAGACAGCCGAUAUUCUGAAAGCCGACGUUCUGAAACUCAGUAA